UAUCGGAGGUAUGUUCACGUAAUAUUCUGUGACAAAUGUGGACCUUCAUAUGCGGCUCGUCUGAAGGCGUGAUUGGUACGGGCUUAUUCUUGGGUACGGCGACGAGUCUAUCCGAGGGUGGGCCCGUCGGUCUCCUGCUCGGGUACAUGACUAUUGGCUCGCUAUGCUACUGUACCAUGAUUUCACUCGGUGAAAUGGCGGCCUUCCUGCCCGUCCCCGGAGGCCAUAUCACAUACGCCGAGCGGUUCGUGGACCCGGCGUGGUCUUUCGCUCUGGGAUGGCUAUACUGGUACAACUGGACCAUCGUGCUUCCUGCGGAGCUUAGCGCGGCAGCCGUGCUCAUUGGUUACUGGGACCGAACAGUGAGUCCUGCAGCAUGGAUCACAAUGUGUCUCGUCGUAGUUAUCUUCCUGAACAUGUUUGGAGCCGGCUUCUAUGGCGAAGCCGAGUUCAUUUUCGCGUCCAUCAAGGUUAUCACCAUCACAGGGCUCAUUAUUCUGGGAAUUGUCCUGGACCUCGGUGGCGGCCCAAACCAUGACCGUAUUGGAUUCAGGUAUUGGAAGCACCCGGGGCCGUUCAACCAGCUCUACGGCAUCCAGGGUUCCAAGGGACGCUUCCUGGCCUGGUGGGCGGUGAUGACCCAGGCUGCCUUCAGUUUCAUUGGAACCGAAAUCGUCGCGAUUGCGGGCGCGGAGGCGAAGAAUCCUCGGAGAAACAUUCCCAGGGCGAUCAGGAACGUCUACAUCCGGAUUCUGCUCUUCUAUAUCGGUGGUGUCACCGUCAUUGGGUUGCUGGUACCGUACACGGACAGUCGCCUGAACUUGACGGGUGGAAGUGGGACGGCUGCAGCGUCUCCGUUUGUCCUCGCUAUUCAGACUGCCGGGAUCAAAGGGUUGCCUUCGCUCAUCAAUGCAUGUCUGUUGACGUCCGCGUGGUCUGCUGGCAACAGUGACCUAUACUGCAGCUCACGUGCAAUGUAUAGCAUGGCGAUCAAUGGCAACGCUCCGCAUAUCUUCAAGAAGACUGACAAGCGUGGCCUCCCUUGGGUUGCGCUCACAUUCAACGCGGUCCUUGGCUGCCUAGCAUACAUGGAUGUCCGUAGCGGCAGCGGCAAGGUCUUUGGAUGGCUGUCCAACAUGACUGCCAUUGCUGGUUUGUCGAGUUGGUUCGCCAUCGCCGUAACCUACCUCCGCUUCCGCAAGGGCCUCAAAGCGCAAGGGAUUGAUAGGAACACUCUGCCUUAUCACAGCCGGCUCCAGCCGUUCGCAGCAUGGUAUGCAGCUAUCCUGUGCUUCGUCGUCUGCUUCUUCAGCGGCUGGUCGGUGUUCUUGAAAGACCAUUGGAACACCGCGACGUUCGUCACGAACUACCUGCCCAUGAUGAUCUUCCCCGUUCUCUACAUCCUCAGGCGCUUCUGGUCGAGAGUUGCCUUUGUCCGGCCAGAGGAUAUGGACUUCAAGACUGGAAUGGAUGAGGUGCUCGCGUCGUCAUACGACGAGCCUCCACCCCGUAAUUGGGUCGAGCGGAUCUGGAACGUACUAAUGUAAUUCGGAUGGUUGUAUUCAACUGCUGUCCACCGGACGGUGGUGUGAUAAUAGACUGGAUAUGUUUAACGAAGGGAGACAGCUAUGCCCCAUCUCUGAAGGUCUAAUUCUUUGUCUGAGGAAAGCGCCAGGACCUGCCCGAACAAGGGGAUAGUCUCAUCAUACGAGAGUUGUUCCACCUAGGUACCAUAUCAGACUGGUAUUUCCUGUGUCCACUCAUAUCUGCGUUGCAAAUCAGGGAUGCCGAAUGCGGCUCUGGCCAUGAGGAGGGUCCUGACGAAUCGCGGAUGAAUUUCGCUGUUAAUCACAAUGAAUGACGGUGUACCCAGGGUGUACCCACAGAUAUAGGACGUAUCAAGGAC